AUGGAACUGGCAGUCACGGACUUGUGUUUCUGUCUUGACUGGUCACAAUCAUUAUGUGAUGUGUGCUUCUUUCCACCCAAAAGAAGACCUUGUCGUAUCAGCUUCCUUAGAUCAGACUUCCGUGUCUGGGAUAUUGGUGCUCUUAGGAAGAAGACAGUUUCUCCUGCUGAUGACAUCAUGCUGAUGAACAAUCAUCUUUUUGGUGGAGUUGAUGCUAUAGUUAAGUACGUCCUUGAAGGUCACGACAGAGGUGUAAACUGGGCUUCUUUCAUCCCACCUUCCUCUCAUUGUCUCUGGUGCAGAUGA